AUGAGAAGCCAGAGUUCCGGAUUCUUGAAUCUAACAACCCCUGGUGGUGUUGUAUUCCCAUAUUCGUGGCAGACUGGAGCGUCCAGCGGCUCAGUCACUGCAGCGUCCUUGAAGACCAACACAUUGGAGGCUGCAGUCACGGCCGCCAACGGCUCCUUCAUGCAAGUUGCUUUUCUCAACGAUUCUUACUUUGGCUACUACAACGAGGACAGCAUUUACGUCGUAGGGCCCUCUACACCCGACAUUUUCGAGUGUACCUGGAGCCUGGUCGCUUGGAACUAUUCGCUCGUCACCUCGGACGAGAGCAAUCUCAACAUAGGAUCGCGAGUAUUGAUCCCACUUGUUGACGGCGUUUACCAGCAGUCAGACUCCAGCCUUAUCACAACGACGGCCUCCCACAUCAACUACACUUCCGGGGGCCAUGAUUUUUUCGUCAGCAUGGAUGCGGUUGAACCUUUGAAGAGUUUCUUUGCCUCCUCAGCCUUCGAGGGUACUGUUAAUUACGGUAUCGGCCAUGGCGCCGAGGUCGGCGUAAUACCAGCAUUUAUGAACGCAAAUUUCAGUGAUGUGAUGAACCGAGUCGCGCAAAGUAUGACCGACAGCCUUCAGCAGAACGGGACGCAGCGCGCGAACGGCCUCAUGCAGGUUGAUUUCAGCUACUUCCGGGUAUACUGGGCGUGGGUUUCUCUGCCUGUUGCGGUACAAUUCUUAGCCCUCGUGCUUCUUAUAUGUACCAUUAUCCGUAAUGCGGAGGCCGGUGAGACGGGACAAGUGCCUAUGUGGAAGUCGUCGAGAACGGUGCUUUUAUUUCACCACUUUAACGAGGAGAACGAUUUGCUAUGCGAUGUUCAGGACUCGAAGGAGCUUGAGGAUAUGGAGAAGACGAUGGAAACAAGGCUGGGCUACUAA